GCAAUGUGCAGAGAUUACUUCGCAUGCGCAUUUUCGUGUACACACCUACGCAUGUGUUGUUUUCGACUGCUCUUUACGCCGGCGACGGGCGCGGGGUCCGCUGGGAGCCAGAAUAGUGUAUUCUAUGGGCAGGCUCGAGUUCAGACCGCACGAAGAAAUAGACAAGGAGCACAGCGGAUUGGAAGGGAGGAAGGCAUUGCUGAGCCAGCGGCCCAGGAAUUGACUGCUCGCCCGCAUCUUAGGGCUUCGAAGAAAUUGAUGCAAUUUAUAAUUUUUGUAGUGCAUCUGCAUUAUUGCCUGGAGGACUAAGCAUAACAAAGCGCGGUGGAUUUGCUGCGCAGAGCGACGAGAACGUACGUACACUACUUCCGCGUGCCUGCGCGCAUGCGUCCUGCUGCCUGCGGCACCAAACUUACAUGGCCGCAAUUCCCCCGAUUGGCCACGUGGGGACAGCAGAGACCGCGGAAACAACAGCUCCCGUAUGUUUAUUUCAGUACGAAAAUAAGAAAGUAAGCAGUUAACAACAAAAGCCUUCCUAGAAUACUGCUAUGGGAAACAGCGGCAGGGAAGAAAGCAUCCACAUUUCCCACUGUUCCAAGAAAAAAAAAAUAAGUUUAUCUUGGAUGUUACCUGUUUGAAGGCAUAUGCCACUCUCACAGUUAAAAAGCGUUAAAGAAAAAAAUAAAAUGCAUACGGUAAUCUCCUCCAAUAAUACGUGUAUUUGGUCUGGGCAGCAAGUGGCACAGCUCUGUAUCACAAAGAACUGAAGUCAUAAGCACCGAGCUUCUCAGCUCCAGCUAAACCAAUGAAACAUGGAAGAAUCCUUAUGGACAGGCAGAAUCCUUAAGUAGGACAGCCCGUAAAAAUGUCAGACAAAGCAUAUGAUUCUCAGCCUUCUCGUUCCUUUUUGAAAAUCUCCGUGUUAGCUCCACCUCUGGGCUGUAACGCCCAAGCUCAGUCUGUUGGCAGUCCUUGUUACUAGACAGCAGAGAGUUUAGAUUGGACUGAAUUUUAGGAAGCUUUUGCAUUAGAUCAAAAACAGUGCUGCCCUGAGAGACAAAGUAUGGGCUAAAUAAAAAUUGCUUAAUUCCUCAAGAACAAAGUUUAUUCCUCCUUUUUAGAUUACAGAAAGGACUAACGUGAAACAGGAUGAGCAGAAAGCAGGGACAGUUUAGCAUUAUCUGCAAAUUAGCACAGGGCAUCACAUGAGAACGGCUUCAAUUCUAGAAACCAUCCAAACUGAGGCAACAGCAAGGCUGUGUCCUGUGUCACGACAUACCUGAUCUCCAGCAGCACUGUUUGGGAAAGCUGACACAGCAGAUAUUCCUCUCUUUGACUGGACACACAGUUACACAGCGUGAGGAUGACCCAAUCCAUGAGCUCUGCAGGUUUGCAGGUUUGCUUUGAGGCAUCUGAAAAAUCAGCUUGCUCAAGUACACCAGUGGGUCUACAACAAGAAGAAAAACUGCUCCAUGCACGUGUCCACAAAGACCAGCGCCACAAAGAACUUCUUUUCUGCUUUUUUUUUUUAAAUGCUUCAGAUUUUGUCUCUUCGACUUUUUCGACCAUCCUUCUCGGGAUACACAGUAAGUAAGCGGAACAGAGCACCAACUUACUGGGAGCAAAACCUGUAAGUCUGGGGGAAUAUUUUCUGGCGAGUCAGAACAGCUGAGACCCGAGGCCAGGAGUUUUUUGUGCUGACUGCUGCUGGCCUCAAUUCAUUCUGUUGGUCUCCCAGCAGUGCACUUCCCACUCGUGAGCCCUGGAGGUCGUGCCUCUUUUGCAGGCAUGCCUGUAAUGCUCCUUUCUCAGAGCAGCGUGGCUGUGUCCUGUGCGCACUGCUGCUUACUGGCAGCGCUCUAGCUGCUAACAACAGACAUGGAGUCUGAGGGACUCAGCAACUUCUUCACCUCUGUCUUCUCUUUUAACUGCUUGUCACAUAGUCCUCAAAUGUUAUGUUUGCUAGGAAGGGAUUGGGGUUGCAAUACCUCCCCGCACACACAAUGUGAGCAAAGAUCAGCUGCAGGACCUCCUGAGGAACCUGAACAUCCACAAGUCUGUGGGUCCCUAUGAGAUGCAACACAGAGUCCUGAGGGAUUUAGCUGAUGUAGUCACCAAGCCACUCUCAAUGACAUUUGAAAAGUUGUGGCAAUCAGGUGAAGUUCCCUGAGAGCAGAAACAAGACAUCAGAGCCAUUUUUAAUACAUCUGAAAAGGAUGACCCAGGAAACUACCAGCCUGUCUGUCUCACCUCUCUGCCGGGAAGGAUCUUGGAGUAGAUCCUCCUGGAAGCUAUGCUAAGGCACACAGAAGGAACAGAGGUGAUAUGGGAGAACCAGCAUGGCUUCACCAAGGGGAAAUCCCACUUGACAAGCCUAUGGCCUUCUAUGAUGGUGACACUACAUCAGUGGACAAGGGAAGAGCCACGGAUGUCAUCUAUAUGGACUUCAGGAAGGCCUUUGAAAUGGUAGCCCACAGCAUCCUUCUCUCCAAAUUGGAAAGAUACUGAUUUGAUGGGUGAACUGUUCCGUGGAUGAAGAACUGGCUGCAGAAUCGAGUGAGAGAGCGGCGGUCAAUGGCUCCAUGUCUGGAGGGACAUCGGUGACACGUGGUGUCCCACGGGAGUCGUGCUGGGGCCGAUACUCCUCAGGAUCUUCAUCGGUGACAUCGACAGUGGGGUCGAGUGCACCCUAAUGACACCAAGCUGCCGGACGCAGCAGAGGGACGGGAUGCCAUCCAGAGGGACCUGGACAGGCUGAGCAGGGCACAGGUGAACCUCACUGGUUCCAAGUGCGGGGUCUGCACCUGGAUCGAGGCAACCCCCAGACAAGCUGGGGGAUGAAAGGAUUCAGCUUAGUCCUGCCCAAAAAGGCCUGGGGGUACUGGUGGAUCGCAAGCUGGACACGAGACCAGCAACGUGCCCUCACAGCCCAGAAACCGAAUGAUAUCCUGGGUCACAUCAAAAGAAAGCACUGCCAGCAGGGCAAGGAAGGUGAUCCUGCCGCUCUGCUCUGCGCAGGUGAGGCCUCACCUGGAGCACUGUGCCAGAUAUGGAGUCCUCAGUGCAGGAGAGACAUGGACCUGCUGGAGCACAACCAGAGGAUGGCCACAGAGAUGAACCAAGGGAUGGAAUGCCUCUCCUAUAGAGCUGCGCACAUACAGAUGGCAAUUUUGGAGUCGUCCUCACAGUAAUCUUCAGAUGCCGAUGGGUAAGUGCAUAUCCACUACCAAAGCACAGAAGCCAUGAAUUCCAGAAAACUACUCUCAGAAACACGGAGGACAUUUCCAGCUACUAAAGCGUGCAGCCAGCAGCCAUCACGGAUUCUCAUUGUGGAUGUCACGUCGCCUUCCUGGGCCAACACUUGCUCUGUGCUCUCCGAAGCUCUGGAAAACUCUCUGUGUUUGGCAUGCAGCCUGACGGGUCCCUGCCGCAUUCCCUUGCUGAGCCUCUACCUGGUGCAGAACCAGCAGGAGUGUUUGCUUCCCUUUGUGCACUUGAAGGAGAACUUUGCACGAGUUCAAGCCUGUAUUUCAGAGCUCCGCUCACUGCCAAGAGAAGGCUGCUUCCCACAGGGGGGAAAUGGAGUGGUACAGGCUGUGCAGGAUGGAUUGCAGCAGUUCAAACAAUACAGCAGACACACAGCAGCAGGAGGCUCAGCAAAUAGCUCUGUUGAGAUCACAAUUUUGACAAGCCAGUCAGGUAAAGAAAUUGUUAAGCAGCUGGAAAGGAAGUUAAAAGAUGUAGACCUUGUGAGUCUCAGAAGAAUACAAGUCAUUGAGGUUUUGAAGAGAGACUUUUUGGAGCCUGAGGAUGUGGAACAGUGCACACCAGCGGAAGAGCCCAGCAACAGUGGUAUUGCAAUCCUUGGAAUGGACAUUGAUCUGCAAACCAUAGAGGAUAAUGUCAUCAGCUUGGAGAUGCUGUUUAAAACGUGGCUCCAUGAUUGUGGCUCAGAGAGGGAACAUCUGCAUCUCCUUCUUCCAUCUGGAGGCCUCAGCUGUGGCACUGCACUCAAGCCAACCCUAAUGUGUCUGAAGUGUGAUUUGCAAGAAAGAUUGCUCGACCCAGCUCUGCUUUCUGGGACAACUGAUGGCACCCUGAGAACAGCUGAUUUAAAUUCACCCUGCCAGAUGACAGCCUGGCCAGCUACGAUGCUGUAUAAACUCCAGGUUGUAAAAGCUCUGAAGUCUGAAGGGGUCUGUGAAUCUGUACUAUAUGGACUGCCUUUCAUCAUCAAGCCCACAAGCUGCUGGCAGCUGGACUGGGACGAACUGGAGCUAAACCAGCACAGCUUCCACGCUCUAUGUCAUAGUCUUUUGAAAAGGAAGUGGAUGCUUUUGGCCAAACAUGAGCCACAGAACACUUGUCCAAGCUGGAACACUGUGGUGCAUUCCUACUACAUCAUUGUCCCUUCUGACUCUGCCACUCUGCUUGUCAAACCAGUGGCUGUCAGAGAGCUCUUGAUGCCAUCAGCCUUCCCAGCCCUCCUUGCUGAGCAUCCUGAGAGAGUACAGGGCCCUAUAGAGCAGAGUGCCCUGAACAGCUUAGAAGUGGAAGUGACUUAUAAUCCCUUACACCUGAAAAGCAACCUCUAUAAAUACCUGAAAAGUAUGUUGUACAGACCGCUGCACAGGCAGCAGCCCCAGCCCAGGGACCAGCGACCGGAGCGGCAUCAGCCAAAGCAGCAUCAGAGCAAAGCCAAAGCCACAGUGGCACCUCUUCUGAUGGCUCCUUCUCCUGCCCAAUUGUUCAGACCAGCAGGAGUGAGGAGAGAUUCCUGCACACACUCCUUCCUUCCCAAAGAGGAUGACAAGAUCCUGCACUGAAGAUACCCCAUGGCACUGCUAACACCUGCUCUCAAGCAGUUAAUGGUUUGGCUCCUGAGCCAGAAGCAGACAGGCAAGACACUGAGCCUGGCUGAGGUCAGAUGGUGCUUCCCGUUGUUUGUAGCUCCUUGUUUUAUGGUUUUGUUUGUCACUAAAUCAGUUGACAGGAAGCUUUCUUCACUAUGGUUUCUUGGCCUCUUGCUGUUCAGCUGUUCCCUACAACACCUGAUAUUUCAGCACACAUCACCAACAUGCCUCAAAUUACGUUCUUUAGAACAGACUAGCGCAGCCCACAAACCACAGAUUACCGGCAGUGAAUGCAGAAAAACUGCAAGGUAGCGUGCUGGGGAAGUUGAGCUAUACAGCAACAUCAAGCCACCCUCGUCCUGCAGAAGGUUCAAGAGUGUUCUGAAUAUGCAUAAAACAGGGCUUUUGAAGAAUGCUGUCCCCCUGAGCAGCAUUAUCGGUUACAAUACUGAUUUUUCGACUUCCACAGCAGUCUCUCUGUCCAACUCCUGAGCUCAUGGAUGGGUUUGCAGCAAGUGCCAGGAUAGCAGCCGUGUCCUGCACAGUGCAGUAACCCACUGCAGCUGGAUCUCAGAACAGUACCUUUCUCCCUGCCAGUUGUUGCUUAGAAGCACACCCUCUUAUGGCCCAUCUACACAAAAGAGACUGUUCUGCAAGCUGGCAUGGCCAUACAUUUUGGCAAGGCUUAGCAGAUACAGGGAGUUGGCCUGCAGCUUUCCACAGAGCUGAGUGAGCACCAGUUUUUCAGUGCAUACACGGGACAGCUGCCCCUGCCAGAGCAGGAGCUGAGGACAGUGCAACUUAACCAACGUGGGGCAGCAUCACUGGGCAUCCUGGAUACCGCACACAAACGGAUUUGUGUUCCGCGUAGUUUGUUCCAACAUUCUGUUUCAAAAUAAAGUCCUCUUGCUAAAUGUUA